AUCACUUCCGAAAAGAACCACCAAGCUCCAUUCUAUAUUCUAUAGAGCGCGCGCAAAACGGCUACGACAUCUUAUACCAUUAUUUGAUUUUGUCCAUCUAUCCCUCGCGCAGUCAUAGGGUAUUUAUAGCAUAAGAAUAUAUACAGUCACAGCCAUGCUUCUCUUCUGCCCGCACUGCGCAAACAUCUUGACCGUCUCCUUGACGCUCAACCGCACAAACCGUCUCGAGUGCCGCACAUGCCCGUACGAACACGCCAUUACCGAUCCGGUCUUUUCCCGCCGAGUCUUUGAGCGCAAGGAGCGCGAGGACGUCUUUGGCGGCCCGGGGGCCUGGGACAACGCGCAAAAGUCCAAGGCGCAGUGCCCGAACGAAGGAUGCAACGGCGAGGAGGCGGCGUUCUUCCAGGUGCAGAUUCGAAGUGCUGAUGAGCCGAUGACGAGUUUCUUCAAGUGCAUGACCUGCGGUCACCGAUGGCGCGAGAACUGAUUCUUGGGGGAGAAUGCCAAGAAGCCCAAGAGGAUUUGCCAUUGUAAAACUGAGAGGAAGGACUUUUUCCUCGUUGUUUUUUUUUAUUUGUUUCGGCGUUGGAGGAUAUCGGGAUAAAUAUGGGGGGCAUAUUUUGUUUGAAGCAUUUUAGCCAACUUUUUCG